AUGACAGUGGAGGGAAUCAGGCACAGCCUGGCAGCAGAGGGACCCGGUGGGUGCAGCCUGUCAUCGGAGGGACCCGGUGGCCACAGCCUGGCAGUGGAGGGACCCAGCGGGCACAGCCUGGCAACGGAGGGGUUCGGGGGGCGCAGCCUGGCAGCGGAGGGUUCCGCUGGGCACAGCCUGGCAGCAGAGAGAAUUGGGCACAGCCUGGCAGUGGAGGGACCCGGCGGGUGCAGCCUGACAGUGGAGGGAAUCGGGCACAGCCUGGCAGCAGAGGGACCCAGCGGGCACAGCCUGGCAGCAGAGGGACCCGGUGGGCACAGCCUGUCAUCAGAGGGACCCGGCGGGUGCAGCCUGUCAUUGGAGGGACCUAGCGGGCGCAGCCUGGCAGCAGAGGGACCCAGCGGGUGCAGCCUGGCAGCAGAGGGAAUCGGGCACAGCCUGGCAGCGGAGGGACCCAGUGGGCACAGCCUGGCAGCGGAGGAAAUCGGGCACAACCUGACAGUGGAGGGUUCCGGUGGGCACAGCCUGGCAGCGGAGGGAGCCGGCGGGUGCAUCCUGGCAGCAGAGGGAAUCGGGCACAGCCUGGCAGCAGAGGGACCCAGCGGGCACAGCCUGGCAGCAGAGGGACCCGGUGGGCACAGCCUGUCAUCGGAGGGACCCGGCGGGUGCAGCCUGGCAGCAGAGGGACCCAGCGGGCGCAGCCUGGCAGCAGAGGGAAUCGGGCACAGCCUGGCAGCGGAGGGACCUGGUGGGCACAGCCUGGCAGCAGUGGGACCUGGCGGGCACAGCCUGGCAGCGGAGGGAAUCGGGCACAGCCUGACAGUGGAGGGUUCCGGUGGGCACAGCCUGGCAGCGGAGGGAGCCGGCGGGUGCAGCCUGGCAGUGGAGGAACCCGGCGGGUGCAGCCUGUCAUCGGAGGGACCCGGCGGGUGCAGCCUGGCAGCAGAGGGAAUCGGGCACAGCCUGGCAGCAGAGGGACCCGGCGGGUGCAGCCUGUCAUCGGAGGGACCCGGCGGGUGCAGCCUGUCAUCGGAGGGACCUAGCGGGCGCAGCCUGGCAGCAGAGGGACCCAGCGGGCGCAGCCUGGCAGCAGAGGGAAUCGGGCACAGCCUGGCAGCGGAGGGACCCGGUGGGCACAGCCUGGCAGCGGAGGGAAUCGGGCACAGCCUGGCAGCGGAGGGAGCCGGCGGGUGCAUCCUGGCAGCAGAGGGAAUCGGGCACAGCCUGGCAGCGGAGGGAGCCGGCGGGUGCAUCCUGGCAGCAGAGGGAAUCGGGCACAGCCUGGCAGCGGAGGGACCCGGCGGGUGCAGCCUGGCAGCGGAGGGACCCAGCGGGCGCAGCCUGGCAGCGGACUCAGGCACAGGCUCUGAGUGA